UAAAUAGACAGUGGCGUCUUCCGCUUCCGGUUUAAUUUAACCCUCGUUACACCUGGGUGUCAUUACUAGUGUGAGGAGUUAGUCCGGGUUGGAGCUCAGCGGAAGUUAACUCGGGAUAAAAAUGUCUCGGGUGUUGAUCGUUGGCGCGGGUCUGACAGGAAGUGUGUGCGCGUGUCUGCUGAGGAGAGAGCUUCAGAAUAAAGUUCAUAUCGUGGUCUGGGACAAAGCCAGAGGUUCAGGAGGGAGGAUGUCGACCACUCGUCCUCCCGACCCAUCGUCUCACUCAGCUGAUCUUGGAGCUCAGUACAUCACGGCCACACCGGCCUACGCUCAGUCACACCACAGUUUCUACUCAGAGCUCUUGUCCUCUGGUGUCCUGCAGCCCCUCCUCACUCAAGUUGAAGGUCUGAAGCACAAAGACAACGAGAGGAACUACGUGACACCACUGGGCAUGUGCAGUGUGGUCAAACACUUCCUGUCUGAGUCAGGAGCUGAUUUGUUCUUCGAGCAUCAUGUGACCGGCCUGUACCGCUCCGGUGCAUCAUGGGAGGUGGAGAGGAAGGCGGGAGCCAGCGAGACGUUUGAUGCCGUCAUCCUGACGAUGCCGGUGCCUCAGAUCCUGCAGCUGCAGGGAGACGUGGGACAACGUGAGUCUCUGAUGCUGUCCGUCCAGCAGAGGCAACAGUUAGACGGGGUCGUGUACUCGUCUCGUUUCGCCGUCGCUCUCUUCUUCCCUCCAGACGUCGUCUUCAGUUUCCCGUGGGCGGCUCGAUACGUCCACGACAACUCCUGCAUCCGCUACAUCGCUGUGGACGACCGCAAACGCAACACAGACGCUCCCGGCCGUGGCCCGUCCCUCGUCGUCCACACUAGCGUCCCGUUUGGCCUGGAGCACUUGGAGCGAGACAAGGAGGAUGUUCAGCCAAUCAUCUUAUUGGAGCUCCGCAAGCUGCUCCCUGACCUGCCUCAGCCAAUCAGCAUCAAGUGUCAGAAGUGGCGGUACUCCCAGGUGCUGACCUCGGUGUUGAACUGUCCGGGUCACAUGACCCUCCUCGACCAACCGCUCCUCAUCUGUGGCGGCGACGCGUUCAGUCACUCCAACUUCGACGGCUGCGUGGAGUCAGCACUGAGCGUGGUCGGUGUGCUGAAGGCCUCGUUCACACCGACAUCCGACUGAUACUCGUCAUCAAAUGUUUCAUUAAAUGACUGAAAUGUUUUUUUGUCUUUAAAUAAAUAUCUGAUUUGAA